CACCCAUCUGGCUGGGUUUCCCCAACCACUCUGGGAGGCUUCCAACAAAGAUUAAAAAUACAUUAAAAUGUCACACAUUAAAAACUUCCCUAAACAGGGCUGAAGGACCUUAUUUGAGGAUUGUGUUUUUAAUGUUGUACUUUAAUGUUGUGACUUUCCUUGGAACCUUAAGGUGAAGGGCGGGAAAUAGAUAAGAAGAAGAAGAAGAAGAAGAAGAAGAAGAAGAAGAAGAAGAAGAGGAGGAGGAGGAGGAGGAGGAGGAGGAGGAAGAAGUGAAAGCUGCUUCUGUAUGUAGAUCACCUUGGCUGCACUGGAGGAAAAAGGUUGGUUUAGAAAUGUGUGCCCCACCCAUCUACUUUCCCUUUGCUCAGAUUUGCUUUCAACAACUAAAAUGCAACUAUCUCAUAAUAAAGCAGCAGAAAACAAACCAAUAUAAAAAAACACACCAUUAUUUAUUUAUUUAUUUCAUUAAAAAACACCCCAUUAUUCAGAAAGGGAUUUGUGCUAAGCUGUUCACAUUCAUUAAACAGUAAAAAGUCCGGAUUGAAUGCAACCAAAUCAUAUUCAGACUGAUUGAAAUCAAUGGACAUGUAAUCACAGCCAUUGAUUUCAAUAGCUCUAAGUCUGACCUACUUGGAUUCAGUCCUCCAUGAUAUUCCACAUAUUGAAAUUCUGGGAGAAUUCACAGAGUCCUGUGAAAUCAAAGACAGCACAAUACCUAAUAAGUGUACUUCAAAAAGUUCAAGGAGACACUGAUCUAGACUUCGACCAGUUUCUCCAUAGGGCUUAUUAGACGCAUACUUUUCCUGUUUCAUUUUCCUAAUCCACUUCCUUUCUUUGCAGAGACUUUCUGUAAAUCCAACUGAACUGUCACUGCUAUUGCUACAAGUCUCCUCUGGUCAAAAGAAAGGCAGAGCACCAUAAUGAGCGGGGUAUGUCUUUUUCUGAACUCAGUUCUCUUCACCACAGAGGCUAAAAGAGGAAGCAAUACUAUGUUAUGUGUACUGAAACCGGUGAGGGAGAUCAAGCAGAGCUGCCUUGAACUUCAAAGCCAAUUCUGUUUCUUCCUCUGUGGCUGCAACCUGUGCAUACUUAGCGUGAGACUUGGGGGAAUUCUAGAUUGUGCACAUUCAUCCUGAUUUGUUUGCAGGAAGAUAAGAGAACAUUGGCUAGAGGUUGUUGUGUCAAAACCAGUGGCAUCUGACACUUUCCAUUGCAUUUCCCCUCACUUUCCCUUAUGCAAAAAGUCUGAUCUGUGCAACCCGAAUUUGCCUGUGUUCAGUGUUAGGGUUGCCAUAUUUUAAGAGGUAAAAAUCCAGACACAAAAAGUUGUUGAGCUUUUUUAGGGCAAUCACCCAAUAGCCCCUCCACUGCCGCUGACCCCAAGAUCCUGUGCCAGAGCCUGAACCAGAGCUGCCCGUGCACAAUUUCUUUUUUAAACCAAAAUCCAGGACAAAUUGAAAAUUCCCCCUGGAUGGUCAUGUAGGACUCCCAAAAGAGGUCAUGUCCAGGAGUUCCUGGAUGUAUGGCACCCCUAAGUGUGCUAAUCUAACUGCUGAUUAAUUUAUGACUUUGUGUGAGUUUAUGAAAUGUAUUUCUCCCUCCUUCCUCUACAUGCACACAUCCUAUAAUGUGUGAAUAUAAAGCUACAUGAAUAGGGUAUGUGGGGAGAUGCACUUUAACUGUGUCUUGAUGGGUUUUUUAGGGUGGGGGAAGGGCUGUAAGACUGUUACUGUGUGGGAAAGUUUUGAGACCAAACUGUGUGAUCACAUUUAACCAUGUUUGUGGUAACUUAUUUUGCUGUGGCUAUGUGGGAUAUCGUGAUUUUAUGAGAUUUGCUGAAGCCAAUCAGAAGUUAAGCAGUGUUAUAACAGAAUUGACAACAUUCCAAACGACAAGCUUGCCAGCCCAGGUUCUCUGCUAGAAUAGAUGGAGUGAGGGAGCGUGUUGAGCAUCAUACAGGAAGUUUUUUUGGGUCAUAGUUUGAGACAGACGUGUGUGCCUUUCUAUGUACCUUGCUCUCUCCAGAACAAAGAAAUUCUGUCCCUGCCCUAAUUUUGGUGAUUCUCCAUUCCCACUACAGCACAUCCUCCUCCCCUGCUAUAUUCCAGGCCUUUCCUAUUUAGCAUGGAUUUCCCCCUGCCUCAGAACCUACAUUUAAGAACCAAACAAAUGAAGACCAAAUGUUUUUACCAAAAGUUUUCCUUACCUAAACCAGAGCUUGCCAAAAUGUGUGUUUAACGGAAUCCAUUGUCCUUUCAGGAAGAAUCAACCAUCGCAGAUUAUUCUGAUUUGUAUGCUGAGAUUGCAAUGCCAUGUGACAAGGAUGAAGUCAGAAACUUUACGAAAGCCUUUCUUCCCAUUGCUUACUCCCUGAUCUGUGUCCUGGGGUUCGUGGGAAAUAUGUUUGUAGUGAUGACAUUUGUUUUAUAUAAGAGGUCUGAUUCUAUAACUGAUGUCUGCCUCUGCAAUAUGGCUAUUGUGGACAUAUUGUUUGUUCUCACUCUUCCUUUCUGGGCAGUAAACUACGCUCUGGACAACUGGAUUUUUGGGGAUUUCCUCUGCAAGCUCACCAAAGGUAUCUAUGCCAUUAACUUCAACUGUGGCAUGUUGCUCUUGGCCUGCAUAAGCAUAGACAGGUAUGUGGCCAUUGUGCAGGCCAUAAAGUCAUUUAAGCUUCGGGCAAGGUGUCUAGCCCACAGUAAAGUGAUCUGUUUGGCUGUCUGGGUCUCCUCUAUGUUAAUCUCAAGUGCUACUUUCAUGUUCAGUGAAAGCUACGCACUUCCAGGCAAUAAUGCAACCACAUACAUUUGUGAUCACAAAUCCAGUGCAAAUUCCAAUGUACAACUGAAAUUGCUGAUAUUAAGUUUCCAGCUUUUAUUUGGGUUUUUUGUCCCUCUGUUGUUCAUGGUUUUUUGCUACACCUUCAUUGUCAGAACCUUAGUGCAGGCUCAGAAUUCCAAAAGAAGCAAAGCUAUACGUGUGGUUAUCUCUAUUGUAGUUGUUUUUCUGCUGUGCCAAGUUCCCUACAAUAUGGUUCUCCUGGUGACGGCAGAAUCUAUGGGGAAACUGGACAAAGCUUGCCAGAGUGAAAAGCAAUUGGCUUACGCAAAAUACGUAACGGAAACUCUGGCUUUCCUGCACUGUGGUAUGAACCCUGUGCUCUAUGCAUUCAUUGGUGUGAAGUUCAGGAACUACUUUGUGAAAAUAAUUACAAGCCUGUGCUGUGUGAGACAUAUGAACUGUGGAACUACCCUUGGUUCAAAGAUAAGUUCCGAUACUGUCCACUCCAGACAGACAAGUGAAGUUUGUGAAUGACAUAAUGGAUUAUUGUGUAUGCAACAUGGUUAUCCUGGGGUAGAAUCAUUAUUCAGGCCUCACACAGAUAUGCUGGCUUCUUUAUACUGUUCAAAUCACUUCACUUAAUACAUCAUGCCUGUAUAAGCUUCUGCCACAGAAAACUGGUCAGUUUCAAAGGUAGCUAAUAGCUCUUUACACAUUUCAAAUAAAGCCAGUCUCUCUGUUCUGAUAGCGGGACCAGGUUUCCGGGUGUUUGCAUGCAUACCUCUUCUCUUCAGACAUACCAGAAAAACACAAGAUUGCCAUCUUCUGGAAAUGCAGGGACUCUUUCUUCCUUUAAUGGGUGCAGCUGGCUCCUGUGUUUGUUUUGUUAUAGUUCCACUUCAGCUAUUGAUAUUAUAAGAAUUAUUGAAAGUGUACUGUUAUGGUUUGCCCCACUGCUUUCUUGAAUUGGCUAAGUUGUCGCAAUGGCACCUGUUGACCACUGGGAAUAGGCUUUUCUUUUGCUGAUUGAAAUAGGUGUGGUUCCCCUCUCUGGCCCGUAAAAGGGAUUUAGAAUUAUCAUUUUAAUUAAUUUGAUCAUAUGUAGUCAAAAGUGCAAAAACUAAGGGUAAUGAGGGGACAAAAGAUAAAGGACCCAUUUGAGAAGAUAUAGGAAGUUUUUUUAUUGAUUAGUCAAGUGUAAAGGAUAAUGACUGCCCUCCAUCCCUGAUAUACCAGACUAUAGACAAUGGGAGUUAUUUUCUCUCUUUGUCUUGAAACCCUGUAAAGAAAAACGCUGUAAAUGAACUUUAAAGGAGAAAAUGUUUAAGAUUAUCAGUAUAUAGUCACUGAGGUGCCUUAGACCUGUUAAUACUGUUCCUUUGCGCCUG